GUUUUUAAUUGUCAUCAAAGAAGACGUUUAAACGUAGCCUAUAUGCCUAUAUGGCCUAUAUGCUAAUACAGUGGAUAGAAGAUCCACCUACGUGGGAUGUUUUGCCUAUAAAAAAAAUCGCAAAUGGAAUUUGUUCAGUGGGUUCAAUAUGUGAUGUAUUUUAUGGCGAUGAAACAAGCCCAGCAAAAAUUCUACAAAAAGGAAGUAGAUCCGCCCUACUGAAAAUUUUAGAGACUCUGGAAAAGAGGGAAAAUUCUGCGAAGGAUACUGAAAUUUGUGGCCGUGGUCAGAGGCAAAAAUGGCCACCUAUCCGCCUCUCGCCAGCUACAACCUCUGAGGAUGAGGAAGAAUUCCUCCCAACAAAUACAGUAAGGAAGGAAAAAAAAAAAGAAAUGGCCAGAACAAUGUCAAAGUCCAUCCUAAUGGAUUAUAAAGUAAAUCAAAAGAGUUCUUCUUGUGUAUCUGAUUCUGCUGGCCCUUGUUCUCCUAGUGCCUUUGGUGAUUCAGGAUCUCAGGCACACAAUACCAAAGUAGUGAUAAAACAACUCUCAGAAUUAAAAGAAAUACUAAUGGGGAUGAAGGAGAAAAUUGAAAAUAUAGAGAAAAGGAUCAUUAGAGUGGAAAGCAAAGCACUCCCACAUGAGACAGAGAAAGUGUUGCCACCGCCAGAUAAUAAUAAAAAAAUGCAAACACAUGAGACUGUAACUACCUUACCCACACAGGUUAAAAUUGGACCCAACACAGCAAUCACUUCUGAGCAGUAUGCAAAUGUAAAAUGGACAGACCCAAAGAAAUCAACAAAAGAUCUAUUACUGGCUGUUUUUGGGAGAAGAAAGUUGGCGACACACACCUACACAGGGAAGUGCUCAAACGCCUUUAGGGGAAGAGAGGCCAAACCUCAGCUGGAUCCAGACAAAGUGUGUGACAUAAUAAACUACAUCAGGAAAAAAUUUGGCACAGAUAUUAGACUAAUCAAACAAGCCAUUUCCCAAAAGUGUGCAGAUGAAUGUAAAAUGGCGACGAGAAAGAUGUAGGAUUUUGUUGUCUAGCCUUUGUUGCCUUUUUGUCUGUCAAUGUAUUUAUUUGCUUGCAUCAUUGUUUGUCUGUUUGUUACUUAAUUAUAAUAAAAUUGUUUAAAUUACCAAUUAAUAA